AGCAAAGUAAUUUCACUCCCCAUCCUUGCAUGCUACGCAAGUUACGGUCCGAAAAUUGUGCAUGCUUAAACUUAAAGCAUUACUGUAGUGUUAACCUAUCCCUAUGCUUAUCAUCCAUCACUGUGAAAUUGAUCUAUGCUAAUAUUUACGAACUGUUUGCUGCAUUGGCUUGAUCGCAUUACAUUACCAAACUAUUUAUUUUCAAGCGGUUACUUUCGCAUUGUUUCUUAACAAUUUUCUAUAUUAUUAUAAAAUCGUUUGAAUCGUGAGCACCAAAAGAGACUGCGAAUAAGAAACAGUGAUUACUCAUUAAGGAAGGCGAGGAAAACUUUGACAGCUCGUGAUUACAAAUAAUCGUACAUUCCGAUUUUACGGGCAAAAAUUUGAAGAAACGGGUAUGGAAAACACCUCGGACAAGGAAGAACAGAACAAUCAAGAUGAUUCAGAUCGGGAAAUCGACGAGGUAGAGCCGAGGCUCAAGUACGUCAGGAUGCGAAACGAUUUGGAUAAUAUAUUGCAAAACGAUUCAGCUAGUUGCAUUGCUGUGCAUCCGAAGUUUCUAUGCCUGGGUUCUCAUUGGGGCAUGAUCCAUCUUCUAGACCAUCAAGGCAACAAUAUUCAGUCAAAGAGUCUACAGGCUCAUACUGUUGCUGUUAACCAAAUCUCUAUAGAUCAUAAUGGAGAUUUUAUUGCAUCUUGUAGCGAUGAUGGAAAAGUUUUUAUAAAUGGUCUUUAUAGCAUAGAAAAUAAUCAUACCAUUAACAGAUUUGUGAAAAGUAUUGCUAUAGAUCCAAAUUAUUAUAAAAGCAGUAGUGGCAGAAGAUUUAUUAUAGGGGAUGAUAAAUUACUUUUGUACGAAAAGACUUUUUUAUCUAGAAUUAAGCUUACUGUGUUAUGUGAAGCAGAAGGUGCAGUAAGAUCAAUAGCAUGGAUUGGACAGUUUGUAGCAUGGGCAUCGGAUAAAGGUGUUAGGAUUUAUGAUUUAAAUGCAAGGUGUUCAUUAGGUUUUAUUAAAUGGACUAGGUCUGCAGAAGCUUUACCAGAACACUAUAGGUGUAAUUUGAGGUGGUCAGAUGAUCGAACAUUAUUAAUUGGUUGGGUGGACAUAGUAAGAAUUUUUCAAAUUAGGAAAAGAUCAAUUCAGGAAAUGGUUAAUAGAGACCUACCAGAAUAUGUAGUAGAACUAGUCUCUACAUUUCAAGUGGAUUUCUACAUUUCUGGUAUUGCACCACUAGAAAAUCAACUAGUAUUACUAGGAUGUUUGAAGGAAUUAGAUGAAAAUGGACAAAGACAGAGGCCAACAGUACAUGUUGUUGAACCAAAGUUCCAAAAUUUUGUAAUUGUUUGUGAAAAUUCUCUUACACUACGUGGUUACCAGGAUUAUAGCUGUAACGAUUACCACUUAGAUUGUUUAAAAGAAGAAAAUAGAUUUUUUAUUGUGAGUCCAAAAGAUAUUGUUGUAGCUAGCUUAUAUGAUGCAGAUGACAGAAUUGAAUGGUUAUUAAGGCACGGGAAAUUUAAACAAGCAUUAGAAGCUGUAACAAUAAAUAAUGGCAAGGACUGUAAAAGGCAUAAUUUAGUUAAUGUUGGUCGCGUGUAUUUAGAUCACUUAUUAGCUUGUGAGAAAUACGAUGAGGCAGGGAAACUCUGUGUACAAUUUUUAGGAGGGGAUAAAAAAUUGUGGGAGGAAGAAGUUUAUAAAUUUGCAAGGGUUCAUCAACUGAGAUCCAUUUCUUCUUUUCUUCCAAGAGGCGAUGUAAAAUUAGACCCACUGAUUUAUGAAAUGGUUCUGUGCGAAUAUCUGAAAAUGGAUCCUAAAGGAUUUCUUAACCUAGUGCAGGAAUGGUCACCAACAUUAUAUAACGUCGCAGCCGUUGUGAGCGCUGUUCUAGAGCACCUUAUAGCAGCUCAAAAUCAACGACAUAAAGAAUUCUUAGAAGCUCUAGCUAUUUUAUACAUUUACGGUGGGAGCUACGAUAAAGCUUUAGCUAUGUAUUUGAAAUUAAGACACAAAGGCGUGUUCCAGCUUAUACGGCAGUUCCGGCUAUAUUAUACUGUCUCCGAUAUGAUCGAAGGUUUAAUGGAUUUGGAUGUGGAUCAAGCUAUACAAUUUUUUUUAGAGAAAGAGAUAGUGUCAUUCGUGCCACCCGAGGUUGUUGUGCAAAGAUUGGAACAUAAUCAUCGAUAUUUAUACUUGUAUCUACACGCAUUAGAUCAGAAGGAUCCGAAAAAUUCAAAAAAGUACCAUGGGUUACUACUUCGACUCUAUGCAGACUAUUCUCGGGAUAAGCUGUUGCCACUUUUACGACGAUCUGAUACUUACCCGAUACAGCAAGCGCUGGAUAUUUGUAGUCAGAGGCAAUUCUAUCCAGAAAUGGUGUACUUGCUUGGUAGAAUUGGAAACACCUCUGAAGCUUUAGCACUCAUGACACGGGAAUUAAAUGAUAUGGAAAGCGCUAUUGCUUUUUGUCAAGAACAUGAUGAUGAGGAAUUGUGGAAUGAUCUAAUCAACUAUUCUCUCGACAAACCUAAGGCUAUUACGUUUCUCCUUCAGAAAAUAGGGACUUACGUGGAUCCUAGACUCAUGGUACAGAGGAUAGACCCAUUCUUGGAAAUUCCUGGCUUGAAGAAAGCUUUAGUCAAAAUGAUGUGUGAUUAUAAUCUUCAAGUUUCUGUGCAAGAAGGUUGCAAAAAAACUUUAUCCAACGAUUAUUUUAAUUUACACGAAAGGCUGGUAAAAUGUCAUCAGAAAGGAAUAUUUAUCGAUGAUGAUCAAAUGUGUGGAGCUUGCCACCGGAAAAUAAUUGUAAGAGAACCAAGAAACUUAGUUGUAUUUUAUUGCAAGCAUUCAUUCCAUGAACAUUGUUUACCAAAUUUUGAACUAGUGGAAAAUUGUGUCAUAUGCAAUUCACAUAAAGAUACGUCUUCCAGCAGAAAAUGAUAUAGACAGUGCAGUUUCGACGUUGUCGAGCUGAUGACUUUCGUUCCACCAAAGUGACCAUCGACGGACAUUGAAGAUUGCAUUUGCACCAGAAACUCGUGGGUCUGAGGCCCUAUAGACUCAACCAAAAUGCAAUAACCACCUAUCGGCAUCAUGUCCUUUUCAAAUUCAUUCUUUGAACAAACUAUUAAAGUUUCUCGAAAGCAUAAUGCUGUUCGUUUCGUAUUGUCUGAAGUACAAAUGAAAGAGAGACUUUAGAGAUGCGGAACGUGAUAUCAUUUUUGAUAUUAAUCGACAUAUGUAUAUGUUCUGUCUGUUAAAUAAUAGGAACAGAAACCAUUUGUAAAGAAUAGGUGUACUACAUUCCAUACACGUGAUUUCGCCAACGACGAAUAAACCCCUGCCAAUAUCUAUACAUAUUAUAUAUAUUUUUCUAUAUCAAACUUUCAUUGCGCUACGUUUUCGUGAAUGUUAAUACAUUUUUUUCUCGCAUGUAUGUGUUCGUCGUUGGGGAAAUUCUGGCAAGAACAAAAUGUUCGAAUAGGAUGUUUUCAUUCGAGAACUUUUUCAAGGUUUAUUAUCAGUGUAUGACCAUUUAAAAGCGAUUGGUGGGAAUUCUUUAAUUCGCUGUAUAUACUUAUGUAUAAAUCGAAGCUUUAAGGCCGAAUUACUCUAUAGUAAAGUGCAGCAAAGAACAGAACAAUAAGCAGUUGACCAACUAAUUAUCCUGUACAGCGAGGUGCCAUUAUUGUAUAAAAUGAUUAAUAGUACAUUUUGUAGUACCUACAAUACGUAAUCAGCACUCAGAUUACGUGUACUUAGGUUAUUGCUAUACCUAAGAUACUUGGUCUAGAUUUUUCUGUAAAUACGAUUUAUGAAUUGCAAUGUAGAACAGGAAUAUAUAUACAAAUUGUAAUUAAUAUAUAAAUUUUUCACGCCGCUUUAAAAGCUGUAUGUUGCUUAAUUAUCGAAGCUUUCUCGCGAUGAUUUUUAUAAUUAAAGUCCGUCUUCUCUA